CAUUUCUUGUAGUGAAUCAAAAUCUAUGGACCCAACUUUGUCUUCAAUCAAAACAAGAACAAAACCAGAUGAAUUGAACCCAAUUUCAUGAACAAAUUUUAAGAACACCCCACCUUCAUUUCUUCUUCCCCCAACAUUCACAUGGCUAUGCACCCAUCAAUCCACUUUAUGUUCAUAUUUCUAUAUAAAAUUAACACUAAAACCCUUCUCCAUUGCAACAUCCAAUAGAGAAAAAAAAACAAAAAAAAUGGUAACUCCCCCCAAAACCCUAAUUAAAAUUGCCCGGAAGUGGCAGAAGGUGGCGGCCGCCGCCGAGCGCCGCCGGAAGAUCUCGCUGCCAAGAUCAAGAAGCUCCUCCACGGUGGCCGACAAGGGUCAUUUUGUGGUCUACACGGUGGAUCAAAAACGGUGCGUUUUGCCGUUGAGGUAUUUGGGGAGCUAUGUUUUGAGGGAGUUGUUGAAGAUGUCGGAGGAGGAGUUUGGGUUGCCGGCGGAUGGUCCCAUAAAGCUGCCGUGUGAGGCGGCGUUUAUGGAGUAUGCUGUGUAUUUGAUACGACGACAUGUCGACCUUGAAGUGGAACGUGCUCUGGUUUUGUCGGUUGCUCCGGCGGCGAAAUUGUCGUGUGGUUCUAAUUUGUUCUGGUCGGCGGCGCCCGCGGCGGAAGAUGGCCGGCCGGUGAUGAUUUAUGGGUUUUGAGGCUGUAUGGUUUAGAUACAAUUUUGUAAAGGAAUUUGGAUUUUGUACUAA